AUGACCAAGGCUGUCCGCACUAGGAUUCUCAAGGAUGCAAAUGGUGAUAUUGGUGAUCAUCUUCGAAACCAUAUUCAUUUGACCAAUUGUAUUCAUCUGAAAAAUCAUAUGCUUAAGCAAAGCCCCAUACUGGCUGAUAGGUCUCUAAUGCGGGACCUCAUUUCCCUUCAGAGGUCCCGAUCUUUGAGGGAUCCUUCGGCUAGUCCUCCUUCAUGGCACUCUCCUUCUGUAGUUGAUUUGCUUCCUAAGAAAGGCGAUACAGAUGCGACCAUUCGAGAAGGUAGAAGCCCUGUUGGCACUGAACUUCGAAGGGAAGGUAGGAGAUUGUCAGGUAGUUCUCCGCCCUUAGCAAAUUUAGCACUAUCAAAGGUAGUCCCGAGUGAUGUUAGUGGGGGUAAUGAUGGGUUUGCAGCUAUUAGUGAUCGUAGUGUUAAGAGUGGAAUUAGGGACGGUAGGAGAGUUAAGAGAGACGAAUCUAGUAGAAAAGGUAAUAGGGUUGAUCUAUUGGGUGGCAAUGAAGGCCCUUUGCAAGAUCAAGCUGUUAAUAGUUUAAUUCAUGAUGCUGUUUCGGGGUUUUCAGAAUCAAAAGAUAGAAGGAGUAAACAUAAGGGGAAGCAUAGUCAGGAUAUGCAUGUUAAGACCCUUUCAGAGCAGCUAAAUGAGAUUCCAAUGGAUAGUGAUGUGGCAUCUUCCAACAUGCAUCUCAAUGGAAGACACACCCGACAGGAGAAAAUAGGUGAGCCUGAGACCAGUCUUCGUGGCUAUAGUGGAGUGAAUAGGGUGAAAAGGAGGAAGUUUCGAAGUGCCAGAAGAACUCGGGCUGCUGCUCCAGCUUCAAGGGAUGUUGGGGGACAGAAAGAAAUGUCUGUUGCUUCUAAUUCAUUUGCUCAAGGUUCAGCACGGUCAAGGUAUCACAUGGAGGAAGAAGAAUAUGGGGGCCAAAAUGUCACAAGGGCUCCCAGAAAUGGAUGUGGGAUUCCAUGGAAUUGGUCAAGGAUUCAUCAUAGUGGUAAAACGAUCCUGGACAUGGCUGGAAGGAGCUUAUCUUGUGGUUUGUCAGACGCAAGGAAAGGUGGCACAGUUUCCCAUGGAAGAGAUUUUCCUGGUAUGCCGGUGGCAUCUGAUCAUUCUGGUUCAUCUACUAAAUCUGAUGCAGAGGCUUUGCCUCUACUAGUGGAAGCAUCUGGAUCUCAAGAAAGCACCGAUAAUGCUGGUUGGGUGCAUGACUAUUCAGGAGAGCUAGGUAUAUAUGCUGAUCAUUUGUUGAAAAAUGAUAUUGAUUCGGAUCUUGCUUCUGAAGCUAGAUCUGGCGAACAACGCAAGCUUGGGCGGAACCACAAUGGUAGGCAUCAAAAUCUGACACAAAAGUACAUGCCGAGAACUUUCAGAGAUUUAGUGGGACAAAAUUUAGUAGCACAAGCUCUUUCCAACGCUGUUGCCAGGAGGAAGGUUGGGUUGCUAUAUGUGUUUUAUGGGCCUCUUGGUACUGGGAAAACCUCAUGUGCUCGGAUAUUUGCUAGGGCUUUGAAUUGUCAAUCUCUGGAACAUCCAAAACCUUGUGGCUAUUGCAAUUCUUGUGUUUCACAUGAUGUGGGUAAGAGUCGAAAUAUAAGGGAAGUUGGUCCAGUCAGUAAUUUUGAUUUCGAGAGCAUUAUAGAUCUGCUCGACAAUAUGAUUAUUUCUCAGAUGCCAUCUCAAUAUAGAGUUUUUAUUUUUGAUGACUGUGAUACUCUGGCCCCUGACUGCUGGAGUGCAAUAUCGAAGGUCAUUGAUCGAGCACCCAGACAUGUAGCUUUUGUCCUAGUCUGCUCAAGCCUUGAUGUUUUGCCUCAUAUAAUUAUAUCCAGGUGCCAGAAAUUCUUUUUCCCAAAGCUAAAAGAUGCAGAUAUUAUAUAUACUUUGCAGUGGAUUUCAUCCAAAGAAGAUAUUGAUAUAGAUAAGGAUGCACUGAAACUUAUUGCAUCGCGGUCUGAUGGAUCUUUGAGGGAUGCUGAGAUGACACUUGAACAAUUAAGUUUGCUUGGGCAGAAGAUAUCUGUUCCUCUGGUUCAGGAAUUGGUUGGACUAAUCUCUGAUGAAAAAUUGGUGGAUCUUCUCGAUUUAGCAUUAUCUGCAGACACAGUAAACACUGUGAAGAAUUUGAGAGUCAUAAUGGAAACUGGCAUUGAGCCAUUAGCUUUAAUGUCACAACUUGCUACAGUUAUCACUGAUAUAUUGGCUGGUAGUUAUGAUUUCACAAAAGAAAGGCCUAGAAGGAAGUUUUUUCGACGAAAGCCAUUGUCCAAAGAAGAUAUGGAAAAGCUGCGUCAGGCCCUCAAAACUUUGUCAGAGGCUGAAAAACAACUUAGGAUGUCAAAUGACAAAUUAACAUGGCUAACAGCUGCCUUGCUUCAACUUGCUCCUGAUCAGCAGUAUCUGCUCCCUAGUUCGUCCACAGAGACUAGUUUUAAUCAUAGCCCUCUGGCCCUAAAUGACACGGGUGGAAGAGAUAUUUCCAGAAAAGAUGAACAUGUGGAGAUGCCCGAUAACAAUAGAGGUUUGUCAACGCAUUUCAGAUUGGAAAAUCUCCCUGGUGGAACUUCUGCUGAUUUCCGCAACAGUGGUUCAACAAAUGGUAUUAGCAGGGACAGAAAAAGAAGUGCUGCGUCUGGAAUGGCUCCUCAAUGGACAUCGGUGCUUACUUCAGAUUCUGCCCGGGUGAAUGGCAGGCAGGCUUCAGGCAAAAGCCGUAAGGGAUAUGAAGAAAUUUGGUUGGAGGUGCUUGAGAAAAUUCAAAUUAACAGUAUGAGGGAGUUCUUGUACCAAGAAGGAAAGCUGAUCUCUGUUAGUUUUGGUGCAGCUCCAACAGUGCAGUUGAUCUUCAGUUCACAUUUCACCAAAUUGAAGGCAGAGAAGUUUAGGGCGCAUAUUUUACAAGCAUUUGAAUCUGUUCUUGGAUCGCCAGUGACCAUUGAGAUCAGAUGUGAUUCGAACAAGGAAAAAAGUGCUGGGUUCCAUGCCCCUCUUAUUUUACCUGCCUUUAAAAAUGGUUCAUCUCAGAUGGCCAUAGACCCAGAGCCAAAUUCUGGGAGCAGAAUGCCGAGGACAGGGGAUUCUCUUGAAGGGCGGAGUGAAAUUGUUGAAAUUCCAGCUUCUCCGAGGAAUUACGAGGGUAAUGAACCAGCAAACCACAAUAUAGUAUCUAGUAGAAGAGGUUUACGGCACACACGGGCAGGAGAAUCAGUUUCGAAUAAGAAACCAACCAUGGGGUCUGUGGUGGAAAGAAGAAUCCCUGGGGAACCAAGUCAGUGUAAGAGCAUUGUGAGAAGCAAGGUUUCCCUUGCGCAUGUAAUUCAGCAAGCUGAAGGAUGUACACAGCAAGCUGGAUGGUCAAAACACAAAGCAGUCUCUAUAGCUGAAAAGCUUGAACAAGAAAAUUUGAGACUGGAGCCUAGAUCAAGAAGCUUGCUUUGCUGGAAAGCAACUAGAGUGACACGUCGGAAGGUAAUUAAUCCUUAG